CUGCGGAUGUGUUGUGCGGUCUAGAACAACCAUUGAUAGAGGAUGACGCUCUUGAUGAAAUUCCUCUUAGUAAACGGAUGGAGAAGGUUCAGGUGUAAUUGUGGAAUGUUUAUGCUGAAGUUUGCGAAGUACUUGAUGAUGGACGGGGACAUCACUGAGGGGAACAUACAUACACCUAAUACCUGCGGUAAUUGUUGGCUAUGGCUUCUAGAGAAUGGCUCAAGAGGAUAAUCAGUUUGAGGAAGGACAAAGAGAGGAGAAGCAAAAAGAGAGAGUUCAUCGGGCCUCCUAAAAUAAGGAAUCGCAUUUCGAAUGUGAACCCAAGAAUAAUCCUUUGUAUCCCGGUUGAACAUAUUGCCGCAAUACGGAUCCAGAAAUCAUUUCGCGGGUUCAUGGCUAGGAAAGCUUUACACCGGUUAAAACUGGUUGCGAAGAUGAAGAUGCUGAGGGAAGGGAAUCUAGCAAAGAGGCAAACAUCAAUAGUGUCGAGCCAUCUUCGUGCCUGGACUCAUUUACAAACAGAGAUUAGAGCUCGGCGUGUUUCUAUGGUAGUUGAAAGCCACCUCUGGCGAAGGAAGAUUGAGAACCAAUCAAAGCUUGAGGAAAAGCUUCAGAGUUUAGAGGUGGAGUGGAACGGUGGGCCCGAAUCGAAGGAGAAAGCGCUUGCAAGAAUACAUCAACGAGAAGAAGCUUCCGAGAAGCGAGAGCGUGCUUUGGCAUAUGCAUUUUCUCAUCAGUGGACGAGGGCCAACAGCUCCAACAUUAUGCACAAAUGGAGUAGCCUUGAACCCGGGAAAACGAGCUGGGCCUGGAGCUGGACGGAUCGUUGGAUUGCGUCCCGGCCAUGGGAAAGCCGAAAAGGCCCAAACAGGCCCGUUAAAGUUAAGUCAACUACAAAGCCAAGCAGACUCUCCCACGGAUCAGCAGAGGAGCAAACAUGAGAAGCUAAACUCGUUAUUCUGAAGGCCCUCUGCAUUUUGGUGAUUUCUGAAUGUUUCCAUUUUUGACACUUGAGAUGCUCUUAUUUUGAAGUAUUUCUUGGUUAUUAAUACUGCUAAACUACACUGUAAACAGCUAAUAGAUUUGCAAAACUAUACUUAAUGAAUCGUGAGGGCUCAACACGGUCUAAUUUGUGAAAUUUGCACUAAAUAAUACUUAACAUAUGUCAUUUUCCAAUAUAGCACUUAAAGUUUU